GGCCAGAGCCGAGGAGGCGGUGCCGAGCCCGAGUUGGGAGGGGCCGGGACGCAGCGACGCCGUGUCCCGUGACCGUCCACCCGCCCGCAGCCGACAUGCAGUCCCCAGCAGUGCUUGUCACCUCCAGGCAAGUUCAGAAUGUGCACACAGGCCUUGACUUGACCGUGCCACAGCACCAGGAAGUGCGGGGCAAGAUGAUGUCCGGCCACGUGGAAUACCAGAUCCUGGGGGUGACCCGGUUGGCUGUGUUCAAGUCCGCCAAGCACCGGCCUGAAGAUGUCGUCCAGUUCUUGGUCUCCAAAAAAUACAGCGAGAUCGAGGAGUUUUACCAGAAACUGAGCAGUCGUUACCCAGCAGCCAGCUUGCCCCCGCUGCCUAGGAAGGUCCUGUUUGUUGGGGAGUCUGACAUUCGGGAAAGGAGAGCCAUGUUUGAUGAAAUUCUGCGCUGUAUCUCCAAGGAUGCCCAGUUGGCGGGAAGCCCAGAGCUGCUAGAAUUCUUAGGCACCAGAUCUGGAGGGGCUGCAGGCCUUGCCCCUAGAGAUCCCUCUGUCCUGGAUGACACAGCCAGCCAGCCAGGGGACAGCGAUGAGGCUUUUGACUUCUUUGAGCAGCAGGACGAAGUGCAGCCGCCCACGCUGGGCCUAAGCAACAAGGUUGUGGAGAAGUUCUUGGAGGAAGAAGAGGAAGAGGAGGAAGAGGCGCUGGAUCCCCUGGGCAUCAUGCGCUCCAAGAAGCCCAAGAAACGCCCAGAAGUGGCCACGAGGCCCAAGCCUUCACCUCGACUCACCAUCUUUGACGAGGAGAUAGACCCUGAUGCGGGGCUCUUUAGCCCAGGCGAUAAGGUGUCCCCUCUGAGACCUCUGGGGACCACACAGGACUCCCUGAAGCUGUUCGACGACCUUGAUCUUGGCGGGGCUGUCUCCCUGGGUGACCCUUUACUGCUGCCGACUGCCCGGGAGAGUGGAGGGCCCACAUCCAGCCCGGAAUACAGGGAUGCCUCCAAGGAGCUGUUCAGAGUUGAAGAAGACCUGGACCAGAUUCUGAACCUAGGGUCUGAACCUAAACCCAAGCCCCAGACUAAGCCCAAGCCUCUAGUCCCAGCUAAGCCAGCACUGCCCAAGAAACCAGCUGUGCCCCGCUCUGUGGGCCCGUCAGAAACUGGGGCUGGACCGCAGAAGCAGCAACAGAUCCAGGCCAUGGAUGAAAUGGACAUCUUGCAGUACAUCCAAGACCACGACACACUUGCCGAAGCCUCCCCCAGCCUCUUCUGACUUACCCCCUCCAACCUCUAUUGGGCCUGCGGCUGGCUGCAUGCCCUCCGGGGGAAGAGGCCUGUUUGUGAACGCGUGGGUUCUGUCUGCAAGGCAAGGACCGCGAAUGAAAGUGGAAGCCUGGAUGCCCCCGUCCCGGUACCACACUGUUUCCUUUUCUCCUGGGCUGUGGGAUGGACAAGGACUCUGAUGAACGUAGACUUGGGAACAUCAUAGGAAUCGAGCUGCAUUGUCCCAGCCCGGCUGGCUGUGAAGAGGAGAGGAGGUACGGGCCUCACAUUGCUCAACAGGGGCCUGACCUCAGAGUCGGAGUGAGAUCAGAGGACAGUGUCCACCAGGGAAGGGACGCCUUCCACAUACUUGUGUCCACUGGCUCUGCCAGCUCAGUGCAGGAAGGAAGGCUUACCUGAGCCUAGGUUGGGCUAACGGGGGGUACCUGUGACAGGCCGCUCUGGAGUCUCUCCUUGGCAUGACUGCUCAGGCCCAGCUAUCCAGACUGCCUUGACCCAAGUCCCUUCUGAAUCCCUUGGGGCUUUCAGUGCUAAAAGGAAAACUUAGGCCCAGCCUUGCCUCUCUAGGGCACAGACGGCUUCCAGGACUCCAGGUCCUCCAUUUCCUGUCCCACGAAGGGCCUGGCCAGCCCAUGGCCCCUUGGAUGCAGGUGUCAACAGAGUGGCUCAUAGCAUCUCCCAGAGCUUGACCUCUGGGGUAUGAGGCGCUGAGGCUUUCCCUCCGAGACCUUGUCUGCCCUCGGGAUCGGAACUUGUUAGCUUUUCUCCGGUGGAGCCACGGAGAAGGAGCCGUGCACCAGGACAAACAACCCUUGCCUUCCAGUAGAUGGUGUCUCCUGGAGCAAAGAAUGUCAGAGUAUAUAUUCUUUGUGUUAGGAACUAGAUUUUAUUUUUUAUGAAACACAUAGCUUUUUUUUUUUUUUUAACAAAAUGCAGCCGUUCUGUUCCUUGGCUCAGUUGUGCUUCACAGAGGCCUUAGAAGGGCCCACUCGGGUCCAAGAGCAACUGUCAGGAGCCCCCGAGUGGCACUGUCCAAUUGCUUGCCGCUGUCAGUGUCUGGGGACCCCGGCUCUUACCUUGUAGUAAGACCUACAGGAGCAGGCUGGGAGGACCAGGUCUGACCUGGCUUGCUUCUAUCUUACCGUGUCCCUUGUCAGCUGCCUAGUUCUGAGCAGGGACACCCGCCCAGGAUGAAUGAGAGGGCGGAGAUGGUUCUAGACGGAGGACCAGAGUACUCCUCUGCCUUGCCAGAUUCAGGGUCUCCCCAGAGCCUAGAACUGACUCUAGAUAGCCCCUACCCCAACUCUACUUCCCGUUCACGAGCAGGCCUUCACCCCUUCCCACCUCUUGGUGCCCAGAACCCUGCCCAGGCCCCGGGAGCCCUCCACUCCCAGCUCCCUCUUGACUGACUGCAAAGGAAAGUUCAGUAAGUAGGGAGAGGCCACAUGGCCCCCUGUCUUCUGCAGAGCCAUCCAGCUGUGUUCCAAGGCCUCCUUGGACACUUCUCCCUCUAUAUCCAUUCCUCUGUGCCUUGGCUACCAGCUCUCUACCUCUCUUUCACACACACACACACACCUUGCACCCAAAGUGGGUGUUAGAUGGCAUAGGAGAAAUGGGUGUGUAGGGGUUUCCAUGGGCCAAUUCCCAGGCAAUAUCCCUAACAAGACCUGACCUCCCAUUCUCUAGUGUGGUUUUGGUCACUAGUGGGGAUUUGUCCGCUGUGGAGCUUUUGGGAUACCCUGGCACGGGUGUUUUGCUCCGCAGAUCGCAAUUUUCCAAUCAUGACUUGGUUUGUUCCCAGGUCUGUGACCUACAUAGCUGAUCUGUGUCUUCCAGUUAUCCAGUAAAGUCUGUGUGUGACAACGCCA